GAGCUUGAAAUCAUGUCGACUAUAGUCGACAACGGGGAAGAGGGAGCACAUUUUUAUGUCGACUAUAGUCGACAGCGGUACUGAAAGAGUUAAUGAUCAUUAUCAGCAGGUCCAUUACAAUAAAAAACAUUCGAAAUGCCAGCACAUUGUUGUCGUUACGGCUGUAACAGCCGACAGGAAAAAGGCUCCACACUGAAGUUUUUCAGAAUCCCUAAAGAUGCAGACUUACAGGCAAUGUGGGUUUCGGCAAUAAAGAGAGAAUACUGGACGCCAACAGAGCACACUAGAAUAUGUUGCAAACACUUUAUCAAAGGUCGGUUUUAUAAUGUCGUAAUCAAAAUGCUGGCAAAACAGGAAUAUUUUCUUUUCGUGCAAAGCAAGUUGAAUUUGCUUUUAACAGGAUGUCCAUCAAGGGACACAACAGACUUUGUACCAUCCCUGUUCUCACACACCCCUGCUUUCAAGAAAGACCAGACUUCCCUUAGUAUGAAAAUAGACCGCCACCAAAGGUUAAGUUCUAGAAAGGAAAAUAACAACCGAAGAGAAGCUGCGCGUGCGCUUAUUGACUUAUUCAAUGUGAAAGAAAAUGAGGUGCCUGGAAUGUCAACACAGACUGAAGCUAAAACGUAUUGUGAUGCAGAAACACAAACUGAUAUUGACAAAGUGCUACUCCAAAAUAUAUUGUGUACCAACAGACAACUAAAAGACAUGUAUGAAAUUGCUAAUGAAAUGUGUAAAAAAAACUUCAAAAACGGACUACAUACCAUAUCACUCAUGUAG